AUGGUUGAGGAGCAAGAUAAAUUGCUUCCAAUAGCUAAUGUAGGGCGGAUUAUGAGAUACAUCCUCCCCCGGCAUGCCAAAAUUUCGAAAGAAGCCAAAGAAACAAUGCAAGAAUGUGUAACAGAAUUUAUAAGUUUUGUAACCAGUGAAGCAUCAGACAAGUGUCACAAGGAGAAUCGAAAAACAGUGAACGGAGAGGACAUUUGUUGGGCUCUCAAUUCAUUAGGGUUUGAUAACUUCUCUGAGGUUAUGUUAAGGUAUUUGCACAAGUUCAGAGAGUUUGAAAGACAGAAGUCUGAACAAAACAAAGCCUCAAGCACUGAAGAGAAAGAUGAAGUAACGAGUUACGAGCUCGGCCUGCAGCCAGACACUUUUGCCCCAUUAAAGUUCCAAAUACUUGACAAGGGCGAAAGCUCAUCUGCUAAUCCGAGUUUUGAAGAUAGGGGAUUGCAGUACUUAUUUUUGAUUUAUGAAAGUAUGAUUGAUGGAUAUAGCAUAGACAAGAUUGGAGUACAGGAUCACUUGUGUAAGCCUAUUAACUAUUCAUCUGCAAUUCUCUGCAUCACAGUUUCAUCCAGAAAUUCUGAUCCGUUUUUCUCUGAGAAAUAUCGUACAUGGUUAUAA